CCCAAAUAACCCACUCGUAGAAGAGAAAGAAAGUGUAAACUCCUAAGAACAAAAGCCCUAACUCACGCGCCGCCGUCUCACAGGGUUUAUCUAGGGUUUUCUUAUCAUAUUCAUCACUGUCUGUUCGAAGAGAAAGACAGAAAUGAGAGGGAUUCAGUUACAGUUGAGUCAAACGCAGAAACUCCGUCUACAGAAGGCUCUAGAACAAUUGGAAUCUUUAUCUUCAAAAGUGAAUUCUGAUGCUUCGGUAACCAUAGCUGAUUCCAUCCCCGUCAACCACGAAGACGGUGUACUCAAGGGACAUGGAACCGCUGACCUGGACGGAGAAGUUGUUGCCACUCUCUGUGGAGUUGUUGAGCGUGUUAACAAGCUUGUUUAUGUCCGUGCAUUGCGCUCUAGGUACAAACCAGAGGUUGGUGACAUUGUUAUUGGGCGUGUUGUUGAGGUUGCUCAGAAGCGUUGGAGAUUGGAUAUUAAUUACAGUCAAAAUGCUUAUCUAAUGCUUUCUGCUAUGAGUAUGCCUGAUGGUGUACAGAGGCGAAGGACAGCUCUAGAUGAAUUGAACAUGCGCUGUAUUUUCGAAGAGGCAGAUGUCAUUUGUGCCGAAGUUCGUGGAUUUCAACAUGAUGGCCUACACCUUCAAGCAAGAAGUAAAAAAUAUGGAAAGCUUAGAACUGGUCAACUGAUUACGGUCACACCGUAUUUAGUGAAGAGACAAAAACAACAUUUCCAUCAUCUAGAGCAGUAUGGUAUUGAUCUAAUACUUGGCUGUAAUGGAUUCAUAUGGGUUGGGGAACAUGUCGAAGCUACAGAAGACAUGAUAGAAGAUCAAGUGAACCAAUCUGAUCCACAAGUUUUAAGUCUUGAAGAACAAGAGAAAAAUUAUACGGCAUUGGAGACUAGAAAAUACAUAUGCAGGGUGGCCAAUGCUGUUAGAGUAUUAUCCACUUUAGGAUUCGUUUUGACAUUGGAAAUCAUCCAGGGAGUUAUUGAUCUAAGCCUUUCUGCGAAUCUAGAUAUACACGACAUGCUUGGUUCCGAGUUCUGUGUUCUGGUUGCUGAAAAAGAGGCAGAAAGGAGAAGCUCAACUAAAAAGAGGCGGUAAAUUGUGACACUAAAAGUUGGACAAACUUUUUUUCUUAGGUUAAAGUUCUUGCACCUAUAGAAGAUGUGGGGUGAAUUGUUUUUCUGAUUGGUCGUUGCCACCUUGCUUUUUAGUAGUGAUACCUACCAGCUCAUGUGUGUAUUCUAAUGCAAUAAUCUUGUAUUCAAGGUUUUCUUUGGAUAUUGCUUUUGUAUACUGAGUUGUGGCAAAAUUUGUAUUGAUUUUUCAUACUUUUUGUUUCA